GUCGUGGUAGGUUCGGUGGCCUAGUUGGGAUUUCGUCCACUCGUCCACACAAGCCCUCGGAUGCCUAAACAGCACUAAUUAGAGGAUUACGAUCUUCCGCCUUGGGUGGUCACUUGUUCCUUUAGGGGCCGUCUCCUUCAGUCCUAGCGAUUGGGAGCCCAUACCUAUAAAUACGAACCAAUUUGAAUUUUUUUUGCGGAUUUCUUCUUUUUGGACUUUUUGUGCUUUGCGAAUUUCACUAUUGAGCCUUGUGAAGGUGUACGGGCGUGUGUGGCUGGCGGUGAAGCAGGCGAGGCAUGGCUUGGCGACGAGGCUGCGAUUCCAGGGGCGGCCGCCUCAACACCAUGAACAACAGUAACGGUUGCAGCUCCAACUGCGCGCAAGUGAAUUCAUUAAGACUUCACCGUCAGCUCAGACGCGAGCACCCCUGUAUUUGUUUUCUUCUCGUCGCACCCAAACUCUUCCCUUCUUUCUCUCCUUCCACCACCAUCGAACCGAGAUCAUCAUUCGUACAAGACUUCCUUUUGCAACGGAUCAUCAUCUCUGUGCUAUCCUAAGGUCUCACUCACCUUGAUUCCUUUUCCAGCUCUGGUGAAAACAGCUGCACUGAUCCUGCACGUCCCUACACCUCGCUCUCAAAUCACUUCCACACAUCGUCCACCAUGCCUCCCAAACCCUCCAGAAGACAGCGCGGUCAAGCUCAAAAAGUAACUCGGGCUGAGCUCAGACGCAAACUGGGCAAACUGGACAUGGAUGAGGAAGAGAACAAAUCUACUGGCACUGCAGGCGAAUCCUCAGGCGCAGACACAACCACACACCCAACUCAUGGCCCAACCAAGAUCGAGAUCAGCACGUAUCCUCUCGUCGAGAAAUGGGAGCAGAUCGAAGACGCCGAGCGCGCAGAUAUCCAGAAGAAGCACAGAGCAAGAACUUCGCCAUUCGCCUUCGAGCCAGAAUACCUACCUUUCCAAAUUCAUGCCGCUGUUCCAAUCCAUGGUCGCUUCACCCGCGAGAUCGAAUCUGAUAUUGUCAAAUGCAACAGCAUCGAAGCCAUCAAAGACAUUGCCAAGUCUAGCCUACCUCUCGAAUUUCAACGGUCUAACAUGAAGCUGAACGAAACCAAGUUCGCCGGCAUCAUGACAUACGGUCCGACCCCCGAAUUCUCUAAGAAAUCAAUCCACAAUGUCACCCGCGGUCUCUUCCUCGACGAAGACGCGUACAAGAAGUGGUGGCUCACAGUCAAUAUGACCAAGCGUGAGCCAGGCGACAUGGUGAAGGUCGCGGUCGUCCUCUGGCACGUAGAGGAGGCCAAGGCCAAGGCGAUCCAGUUGCCCGACUUCUGGACGGAGGAGAACGUGCGUGUGCUGGGCAACCAGCUGGAGAAAAUUGAUUGGCCAAUUUUUAUGAGCCAAUCAGAGCUCGAGCAGGGGUGCCGGGCAUAUGAGAAGUUGCAGGGGCAGCUUCAGGAGGCCAGGAACGAUGCGGCCCUGGCAGGUACCUGGAAAGACGAGCGAAAGGCCAUGCAGGCCGAUCUUCGCCGCGCGGUGGCCGCCUCUGAGAAGGUCACUGCCAAAGCCGAGGCCAUGGUCGCUGCCUUUGAGAAAGGCGACAUGGCAGAGUUGGGCCGUCUUGCCGACAAGUGGAAGAAAGACGCCAAGGGCAAGGGGAAGGCCAAGGCGGCUCCGGCCAAGCCGUUGGCGUUUGUCCCAGUGGAGGAGUCGGAGGAAGAGGCCGAGGAGGACGUCGCUGCCGAUGGCGGCGACGAUCCAUUCGACGACGACUACAAUCCCCUGUUGGAUUUCUAGUCGUUGUCGUAUCCUCGGCCGGCUUCGCUCCCAGUGAGUAGAUAGGGGGCAGGUGACGCCCAGAAGAUCACCAUGCACAAUGUGAGAAUCAC